AUGUGGGGAGCGAGGGCAGCCACGGGCAGCCGGGGCCGCGCUCCCGCCUUUCCCCUCAGAGCCCUCAGGGACACGCCCCGCCGCGCAGGUCCUGGCAGGGCAAUAAGGAGCGCGGGCGCCAGCGCGGGGUUUAACGGGUCUCGUCGCGGCGAGCGCGCAGAGCCGCUUUUUGUAGCGGGCAGGACCGGAGCGGAGCGGUUCAUGCUGCCUGAGGGAUGCGGCCGGCGGGCGGCGGCGGCGCUGGCGGCGGCGCUGGGCGAAGGAGCGGAGCGGCGGCGGGAGCUGGAGCGGCGGACGGCGCGGAGCCGGGCCCUCCUGCGGCACUGGGACAGUGAGGAAGAGGAGCAGCCGCAGCCUCAAACUGGUUCCAGCAAUGGACACGAGAACAGGCCUUCACCCAAGGAGCUGGAGGAGCUGGAACUGUUGAACAAGGCCUUAGAGAAGGCAUUGAAAGUCAGGAAAAGCAUCUUGAAAACAUCAUUAGAGGUUCAGGGAGCUACAGAAGAGAAAUCUGCAAGUGAGAGACCAGCUCCCAAGAAUACUGAAGAACAGGGAGUGCCUGUUCCUGUUAAGGAUGUUCCUGAGAGCACAAAGGUGAGAGCUGUAAGCAAAAAGCCUGCCUCUUUGAAGAAGACUUCUUACCAGCUAAGAGCCCCUUAUAGGACUGACCCAGACGUGAAAAAGUUGCAAAGGAAAGCCCCAGCCAGAUGUGUUUCUCAAGGUCCCAGGACAACUGGGAAGAGCUCCUCAAAAGAGGUGGCUGGCAAACAAGGAAGGAGUCAUAGGACAACAGUCAGUGACAGAGAGGUCUGUGAUACAGCUGAACCCCAAAAGACACCUGACUUGUCCAAAUCUGCCUUGAAUCAGCAGCAAAGCUUUUGCACAGGGAGUUCAAAUGGGGGGAAAAACUCUGCAGCUGCUGGCAAGGAGUUAUUUGAUGCAGGGAAGAGAAGUGGUGGUUUCCUGGAAGAGUCAAGCAAAAAAGAAGCCCCUACAGCUGAAGGUGCAUUGGGAAGGAGCAUCUCACUUCAGACAGUCACCCAGCAGGAAAAGAGGUGCCAGCUGGAGCUACCUCUUCCCUACAGGAAAGCCUAUUCCAGGAACUCCAGGGCCUGGGAGAGAUGUCGUCUCUGCCAAACAAGUGCAGAUGCAGCAGCUGCAAGGAAUCGUUUUAUGGAGAGGAUCCAGACAACUUUCUGUUCACCGAUGCCAGCCUUCAGUCCUGCAGAGAUAGAGGAGGAAUUAAAGGGCCUCCAGGAUGCCUCUUCCCUUCUGAGCCAGUAUGUGGAAGCUGAGCCUGCAGACCAUCCUACUCUGCAAGGAGAAUAUGAAAGCCUUCUAACCUUGGAGGGGUUGCAAACCACAGUUUCCCAGUGCCUUCAGAAGCUGCAGCUCCUGCGAGCAGCUGUGGAGUCCCAGAUGAAGCAGCACCCAGACUGUGCUGGGGAUGUAAGAAGCUGCUUUCCAGCCUGUGUUCCUCCCAGGGGACAGAUAUGUGACAGUGCAGACAUGCUGGCUGUGCCUCUCCUUUGUUACUCCAGUCUCCAGGAGCUGAGAGACCUGUUUGCCUUAAAGCUGCAAGUGUUAAUGCUGCACCAAGAAAUUGCCUUACAAAAGGUGAUGAUGGCAGAAGUCCUGCCUGUGCUGGGGGCCAGGCUGUGCCCAGAGGCCCCUGCAGCUCUGUAUCGGGCCCUUUACACGCAGCUCUGUGAAGGAGGCAAACGAUUCCCUGUGCUGGUGAGAGAUGAGCUGCCAGACUGACCUGCUGGCAGCCUCCUGUUAGCCAUUCACAUACCUGAGGCAGGUUUAAGCAAUAAAUCUUUCCUAUUCAUUUUUUCUUACUCUA